CGCGAUUUCUCCCUAUAAUAGCCUUGAUAUUUAUUAUACGUAAUUACAGGUGUCCUGUGACUUUGAAUGUCUACAUCCGGCUGACGACGAAAGACAAAGUGAAAAAAGACAGACUGAUGGAAAAGUAUCCAUGCUUUGUAACGCUAAAGGGUCUUCACAACCACUCUCUUCAGUCUGCAGAAGCCCUCAACCAACUUAGGAUUCUUCCCGAAACAAAAGAAACUUUCAUCAAGUAUUUUGAGCAAGGAAUGUCAGUACCUCAAGCAUCAAGACAUCAUGUACUAAAGUUGGGGCUGUGUGAUGAUCUAUAUGGCCAGGCAAAUCAUGCAAUCAACCCAUCGGUCCGAGCUCUACAUCACAUGAGGCAACGAUGGAUCAAUGAACAACAUGGGGGACUUGAUAACUUAUCCAUGGCAGAUUGCAUUAGCAAAUAUGCCGCAAACAACCCAGAAGUGACAAUAAUACAGGACAUAGAAGAAAGUCGCUUUUCUGUGGUGCUGGUAACUCCUUUCAUGAGGAGAGUGCACACUCAGUUCAGAGAGGCUGGAGAAAUCGUCUUCGUGGAUGGCACAGGAUGUGUUGAUCAGCUCAAUACAUCUGUGAUACCCUUCCUCUGCGCUGGACCAGCAGGAGCUGCUCCUCUUGCUCUGCUGUUUACAUCUUCCCUAGAUGCAGCAAUGCUUACGAAAGGCUUUCGUAUGGUAAAACUAGCUGUCGGAGAAAAUGCGUUCUAUGGGACACAGUCACCAGAAACGUUCAUGACCGACAACUGCAGCGCUAUGAAAGGAGCCUUGGCAGCAACCUGGCCUGCAGCUCGACAGUUUUUGUGUGUUUUUCACGUACUCCAGCAAGUGUGGCGAUGGCUACUAGACUCCAAACAUGCCAUAAAAAAGGAGGAUCGCCAGGAGAUGAUGGCUACCGUGAAGUCACUGGUAUAUGCAUCAUCGAAGGGUGAUUUCUUCAAAGCUUGGCAAGAGUUCAAAGCUAAUCCUCUUUCACAGAGGUACACCAACUUCAGCAGCUAUCUACAAUCAUUAAUGGAUAGGAGGGAAGAGUGGGCCAUUGCGUUCAGGGAAGGUGCAAUGCUACGGGGUCACCAUACGAACAAUUUCUGCGAGGCAACCAUGUGCAUCAUAAAGGAAGUUGUUCUUAACAGGUAAGCAUUUAAGGGAGACAAUUAUUUUCAAUAUUGCAUUUUGUAUACGUGGGGUAUUACAAUUUAUCCCCAGGUCAAAUGACUGCUGGAAAAGCAUGCACAUAGCUUAAAUGCAAUUAUUGAUUUCCUAAAACAAAUACAUUAGUUUCAUUUAUGUAAGACUAUCAUUGAAGGAAGUAUUAAUGAAUACAUGUCGACUGUGGUUUAUGAAUUAGUUUGCAAUGUGUGUGUGUGUGUGUGUGUGUGUGUGUGUGUGUGUGUGUGUGUGUGUGUGUGUGUGUGUGUGUGUGUGUAUAUCAUAUUUUGUUUCAUUAUUUCAGAUGCAAGGCAUACAACCCUGUGCAACUUAUUGUUUUCAUGGCCGAAAUAUUCAACGGCUACAUGAAAAAAAGACUGGUAGACGUUGCACUAGGGAGACGGAAAGUGAAGAAUGCCAGUAUGGGCACACUUUCCCUGGAUGCAGUAACCCCCCUAGGAGGAGGAAAAUUUCAAGUAGCAAGUCAGUCUAAGGCUUCAGUUCAAUACAAAGUGGACAUGCAAACUGGCUUUUGCGAGUGCGUUGUGGGACAGACUGGCUCGCUCUGCAAACAUCAAGCCGCGUGUGCAGAGCACAGCAUGGUAGUUCUGCCCCAAGUUUUCACUGCCACAAGUGAAAACAGGCGAUGGCUGGCGUCUGUGGCAGUGGGCGAGGAAAAAAACCCUCCAGCAAGUUUUUUCGAGGGAUUGCUGGAAACACCAAAAAAAGUGCAUAAAGAAAAUUGCUCCACCUCUGCAGCUGCAGAAUGUAUGUAUGACCAACCACUGUUGGAAAAUGACUCCAUUUCUACAGCUGCAGAGCUUAGUGCUAUGCACGACCAGCCAAUGUUGGAUCGUAAAGUGAAGAGUUCUAAUAAUCGGAGUGGAGAAUUGAAUGAAUUCAUGGCAACUCUUCAAACUCUAAAUGAUAAAUACGGGGAUGAAAACACUGGCUCAGCCCUCAAAACAGCCAUAAAGAGACUGAACAUGGUAAAGAGUACAAACAUGCUCAAUAGCAUACUGUACAGUGUAGGUAGCGGUCUAUGCACUAAUGGAGCUGGCCGAGGAAAAAUUCCGUGCCAGCCAAGCUCGGUUUCACGGCGAGGGCCAGGCAAACCAAGAGGAGCAGCACCUCUUGGAAAAGGACGCCGAGCCAGUGGUGUUGCAAAAGACCGCAAAACCAAACGGCCACGAAAUUUGUCAGCUAACAUUGCCGACAACGUAGCCAAUGCAAAGUCGCAUGGAACUGGCCACUGAGACAAUAGUACGUAUUCUUUUGACCAUAAGUAAGUUACUGUGUGUGAAAUAAUAUAUGUUCAACUGGUUUAAGAAAUAUUCAUU